CUGUUAAAUAAAUGUUUUCAACGCGUACAGAAUGAUGGCCGAAUCCCUAUUGGACAUGUAGAAAACUACAUGAAGUGUACAGGACGCCGUGUCGUGCCCUACAAAGUGCAGUUAGAAAGACAGGAAGGCGAUUGGACUUUGCUCAAUCAAACUGAAAAUCUGAUCAAAGAGCAAUGAACUGCAUUGUGAAAGCUGCUGCUUUGGGAAGAAGAGGCCUGUGGCUUCCUACUCUUAACGCUGUUAGAGCCAUGUCGACUCCAGGAGGCCCCACUCCACCUUUCACCACCCUGUCAAUCACCCAUCCAGCCAAUCACGUCACUCAUGUUGAGCUGCAUCGCCCAGAGAAACGCAAUGCUAUGAACAAGGCCUACUGGAGUGAAAUGGUAGAUUGCUUCAAUCAGAUCUCUAAAGAUCCAGAGUGCCGUGUCGUGGUGUUCUCGGGUGCCGGGAAAUUGUUCACUGCAGGUAUCGACAUUAUGGACUUGGCUGGUGAUUUGCUGCAGCCCCAAGGAGACGAUAGUGCCAGGAUAGCAUGGUAUCUUCGUGGCAUCAUUUCCAAAUACCAGAACACGUUCUCAGUUAUUGAAAAGUGUCCCAAGCCGGUGGUGGUGGCAGUGCAUGGCGCCUGUGUGGGAGCAGGAGUGGAUCUAAUCACAGCCUGUGAUAUUCGUCUAUGCACACAGGACGCCUGGUUUCAGGUGAAGGAAGUCGAUGUUGGCCUGGCAGCAGACGUUGGCACUUUGCAGCGUCUCCCUAAAGUGAUUGGCAGUCGUAGCUUGGUGAAUGAUUUAGCACUUACUGCAAGGAAAAUGUAUUCUGAUGAAGCCAAGACCUGUGGACUAGUAAGUCGUGUAUUCUCUGAUAAAGAGUCAAUGAUGGCUGGAGCUCUGGAAAUAGCAGGUGAGAUCGCAAGCCGUAGUCCUGUCGCUGUCCAGGGAACCAAAAUCAACCUCCUGUACUCCAGAGAUCACAGUGUGACUGAGGGCCUGGACUACAUGGUUACUUGGAACAUGAGCAUGUUGCAGACACAGGACCUUGUGAAGUCAGCGCAGGCGGCGUUGGAGAAGAAGAGCCCUAAAGACGUGCCCUACUCCAAGCUCUAAAGAAAUAAGAGAAGAUGAUUCAAAGCUUUUUAUGCUUUCUGUUGAAUCAGCAGGGCAAUCCGGAGACUUCAUAUUCAUAUCCACAUAUCCAUGUUCUUCCUUUUAAAUCUAAUAGACGAUUUAGAUGAGUCAAAAUACUCAUUGCUGUUGUUGGAUUAUUGUUAAUUAAUUAGUUUGAUAUUUGCAGCUGCUCUACAUUGUAACUGAUACUCCAGUGUGUGAUUUAAAUGUUAUGUUUGUUUAACUCCAUAAUGGUUGACCUAGUUCACUAGUUGUAGAACAAAAAGUAAAACAAAAAUAAAAUAAAAAAAUUUACACGA